CGCUUUCCCUCGAGCAACCUGCUAUCCAAUGAAAACCAGACAUCUGUUCUGAACGGAGAGAAGCGAUUCCGCUGCAUAUAGCGGCAUUUCAAGCUAUAUAUAUUUAACAAUAUAACGUGUAACUAGCUAUUUGUACUGCUACAUGCAGUGUAUAUGUAAUUAAUUAAUUGUAUUUAUAUAUAGCUAAUUGUAUUUACAAUUUUAGAGUAUUUAGCAAGCUGAAAUGACAACCAUGUUGAUGCUUUUGAUGCCCGUAUUGGUCGCAUCAAUUUUUGGCGAGUCCUCCGUUUAUUUCCGAGAAGAAUUUGAGGAUGGAGAUGCAUGGAAAAGCCGAUGGGUGGAAUCCAAACACAAGUCAGAUUAUGGGAAGUUUGUUCAUACUGCUGGGAAAUUCUAUGGUGAUGUGGAGAGAAACAAAGGUCUUCAAACCAGCCAGGAUGCUCGCUUUUACUCUGCAUCCUCCCGCUUUGAGUCCGUCAGCAACAAAGACCAGGCACUGGUAAUCCAGUUCACUGUGAAACAUGAACAGAACAUUGACUGUGGUGGAGGAUACAUCAAGCUGUUCCCAGCUGAUCUCAACCAGGAGGAAAUGCAUGGAGAUUCCACAUACAACAUCAUGUUUGGUCCUGACAUCUGUGGUCCAGGUACUAAGAAAGUUCAUGUGAUCUUCAACUACAAAGGCAAGAAUCACUUAAUCAACAAAGACAUAAGAUGCAAGGAUGAUGAAUAUACCCACCUGUACACACUGAUAGUAAAUCCGGGUAACACCUACGAGGUGAAAAUCGACAACAAGAAAGUUGAGUCUGGAAGCCUAGAGGAGGACUGGGACUUCCUUCCCCCCAAGAAGAUAAAGGACCCUGAUGCUGAGAAACCAGAUGACUGGGAUGAGAAGGAGAACAUUGAUGAUCCUGAAGACAAGAAACCGGAUGAUUGGGAUGUUGCUGAGAACAUCCCUGACCCUGAUGCCAAGAAGCCUGAUGACUGGGAUGAUGAGAUGGAUGGUGAGUGGGAGCCUCCCAUGGUCACGAACCCGGACUAUAAGGGGGAGUGGAAACCCAAACAGAUUGACAAUCCUGCCUACAAGGGGAAAUGGGUGCACCCUGAAAUUGACAACCCAGAAUACACUGCUGACCCUGAAAUCUACCAAUAUGCCAGCAUGGGGGUGAUUGGAUUGGAUUUGUGGCAGGUUAAGUCCGGCACUAUUUUUGACAAUUUCCUCAUCACCAAUGACCCAAAACUUGCAGAAGAAGUGGGGAACGAGACAUGGGGUGCAACAAAGGACCCUGAAAAGAAGAUGAAGGACAGUCUGGAAGAGGAGGAGAGAAAGAAACGUGAUGCAGAAGAGGUGAAUAUAAAGGAGGAAGAUGAAGAUAAAGAGGAGAGGGAUGAGGAAGAAGAUUACGAAGAAGAGGGAGAAACAGACUCUAAACUCAAGGAUGAGUUAUAAACUCAAACAGGAACUUCUGAAAAGGAACCCUGUCUACUAUGAGCCAUUGGUGCAAGGCUGUAGAUUGGGCUUUAUUGGACAUUCUGUUUGUCAUUGAAGCUGCACAUUUAUGUUUUGGUGUGAAGCUAUUGUUUUAAUUACAUGACAAGGGAAUGGGUACAAACUGACUAAGGACAGCAAUUAUAUUGUCUGUUGCUAUGGGAGUUCAGAUUUGUCAAGGUUGGAGAUGUUAAAGAUUUUUUUAUCUUUAGAUUUGAGUGUUGUCUGGCAGUGAUGUUAUGCCAGCAAUUGUUUUUGAGAAGUGAACUUUCUCCUCUGUAAACAAAGCUCUACUGCUAACCUUAAAUAGUUUUCUUACUUAAGGAUAAUGACCAUCUACAAUUUCCUGACUAAUCUUUACAGCAAAUAGUGUAUUGUUGGUCUUAAUCUGACAAAAUGUUGUGCCUGUACCCCAAAUGGGGGUGUGUGGCAUUAAGAUGGCAUCUCUCUUGUGUAUUGGAUAUGGCCGAAAGUCUAAUGCUUUCCAUUUUCUGCAUAUGAUUUUCAACAGUGCUGAGCGAUUACCAGAAAUGUUUACUUUUUCGGUUUUCAAACAACUAAGGGACUGACGAAUUCAAUUAUUUGAAUUAAUUUUGUUUAUUUUUCUCAAUUGGCACAUUGGAGAAACUUCAAAGAUACAUCUGAUCCUGCCUGCACUGUGCGAUGUUGUAGUUCCCAACAUUCUACUACUUAGUUUUAAAAUAAAAAAUAUUUAAACUACAAUGACCCAUUGCGCAUCUACCUGUCGGGUCAGUUUUUUUUUACGCCUGCUACGGAAGAGGCAGCACCUGUUGCUCUGCGAGGUGUCUCUACUUGACAAUACAUGAUCUAAGUGAUCGUCGUAAAUAUGUCUUUACUUUGAACUACAUUUAAAAAAAAAACAGUUGUUUAGAUGGCAUAUGCAGCAGCUAUGUAGACAUGAGAGAAAGUCGUCAAAUAAAACAUAUGUACACUGAAAUAUUGUAACGUGAAAUUAUGGGUAACUGAUAAGCAGUAACGAACAGUCACUACAAUCAUACUUAUAUUAAUUGUUUCAUUCUGUUACAGCAUUCAACACCAAUAAUCGAAAUAGAAAACCAUGGUUACUGUAUAAACAAACCGAUACCUGAUCCGACUUCAAAAAGCACUAAUCGUUCAGCACAGAGGUGUGCUUGAUUUAGGGUAACUAUUUUUUUUUCACGAAUGGAACUGCUCAAGCACACUCAAGCUACCGUAAAUCAAAUUUUAUGAAAAAUAACAAAUCAGAUUGCAUGUAUAAAGACGUUCAGAUAUUCUAAAACACGAAGCAGGAGGGAGUGAUGUCAGUCUCUUGAUAUGUUUAUUUUGGGGGCAAUGUCAAUUUAUGUUGUGAUAUUACCCGUUUGGUUUUUAAUGCCAACGUUUCUGCACUGCUGUACCCUCGAGACUUGUCCCAAGCUGAUUGGAUCUUGACCCUUUUGUAAAACAUAUUUUGUACUGGGGAGGAUAUGGAUGGAUCAUUUAAUUGUGCAAGACAGAAAUUCUGAUACACAUAUUACUGUCCAAUAAUAAAACAUAAAGGAAGUGA